AUUUUUGUUCUUUCGAUAAUUCUUUAUGCAAUAAUGUCUUCGACAAAAGUUGAUUGGGGCAAAUAUGCGGAAGAGCAAGAGAACUUGGUAUCAAAGGCAUCGAAUUUAGAGAUUGAGAAUCAAAGUGAUUCACCUAGUGAAACAACUGAAAGCAUAACGCGAUCAGCUUCGAUAGCCGAAGAUGGGAAAGAACAAAUUUCCGCAGCUGAGACUUCCUUAUUACAGAAAAUUAUUAGAAAAGGACUUGUAGAGACGACAAAAGCUUUGGAUAUUCAGCGAAAAAAUCCUAAUUCUCCCUUAUAUAGUAUAAAAAGUUUUGAAGCUUUGCAUUUAAAGCCAGAGCUACUUAAAGGUGUUUAUGCCAUGGGCUUUAAUACUCCGUCAAAAAUUCAAGAAACAGCAUUACCCACAUUAUUAGCAGAUCCGCCGCAAAAUAUGAUUGCUCAGUCACAGUCUGGUACAGGGAAAACCGCAGCUUUUGUAUUAGCAAUGUUGAGCAGAGUGGAUUCAUCAAAAUCUUAUCCACAAGUACUCUGUCUGUCACCAACAUACGAAUUGGCAAUUCAAACUGGUGAAGUGGCAGCUAGAAUGUCACAAUUCUGUUCGGAGAUCAAACUUAAGUACGCCGUUAGAGGAGAAGAAUUGUCGAGAGGAUCCAAAAUAGAAGAUCACAUAAUUAUAGGCACACCAGGAAAGGUAUUGGAUUGGGCUAUCAAAUUCAAAUUUUUUGAUUUGAAAAAGAUAUCAGUUUUUGUUUUGGAUGAAGCUGACGUAAUGAUUGCAACACAAGGCCACCAGGAUCAAUGUAUUAGAAUACACAAAUUAUUACCUUCUACGUGUCAAAUGAUGUUCUUCUCUGCAACCUAUGAGCCAGAAGUAAUGGAAUUUGCAGAAAUCAUUGUCAGUAAUCCUAUUAUUAUAAGAUUAUUAAAGGAAGAAGAGAGCUUAGACAAUAUCAAGCAAUAUUACGUUAAAUGUAAAGACGUUGAUGAAAAAUAUCAAGCUAUUACAAAUAUUUAUGGCGUUAUUACCAUUGGUCAAGCAAUUAUUUUUUGUCAUACGAGAAAAAUUGCCAAUUGGUUAGCUGGAAAAAUGAUAAAAGAUGGACAUGCCGUAGCUAUUUUAUCGGGUGAUCUCACAGUUAUCGAGAGGAUUUCUGUACUCGAUAGAUUUAGAGAAGGACUUGAAAAAGUUUUAAUAACGACAAAUGUUCUUGCAAGAGGAAUCGAUGUAGAACAAGUAACGAUUGUAGUAAAUUUUGAUCUUCCAAUGGAUCAAAGUCAACGCGCAGACUGUGAAACUUACCUACAUAGAAUAGGAAGGACGGGAAGAUUUGGCAAAUCUGGCAUUGCGAUAAAUUUAAUUGAUUCACCGCAUGCAAUGCAAAUCUGUCAAGAUAUCGAGCGACAUUUUAAGAAAAAGAUUCACUUUUUAGAUGCCGAGGAUGCCGAUGAGAUCGAAAAGAUUGGUGCUUAGAUGUUUAUUUAUGGAACAUAACGA